AUGGCAGAACAAAAUGAAUACAUAGAUGAAUUUAUAGACAGAAUGUACGGCAUUGAAAGAGAACAGCCCAUAGAGAGACUUAUACUCUCACUUGACUCUCUGCCCAUCAUUCUCAACAUACCCAUUAAGAGCAACUCAAUACUGCAGGAGGUAAAAAGAAAGAUGCACGACCACAGAAGAGUAAGAGUCACAAAAAAAAUAAUGAAGCGGCUUAUUGAAGUGAUCAUUGACUCAGCUAAAACCAACAAAGUGAACAUCUACGACAUAGAAAACACAUUCAAAGGCUCACCGCACUACGACCUAGACACGAGCAACACCAUCAUCCUUCCAGAUGCUCCCGAUGAAACCCAGUACGAGUUUAAAAGCAUUUUGGAAGACGUAACAGAAGGCGUGCAAAACCUAGCAGAAAAAACACAGAACUCUCUGGACAUAAACAUGGGCGUAACGGACAGGUUUAUCCAGCAGAAAAAGAACGAAAGACUGAAGAGAUUCGAUGAAAUAAAGGACACAGGGAACAUUCUGCCUAAAAAAGACACGCUCUACAACUGGAGCGUGCUUCCAAAUCAGAAACCAAUUCGAUCAAAUGACAAGUGCAAUGAGAUUCUAUCCCGAAUCAACGACAUCAUAGAAAAAAGCGAAGGCCCUCGGACAUUUACCGCCAUGCCCAGGAGCACAGGCAGAAGCACAGGCGAGGAAAAGAGCGGACUGUACAGCGACCAAGUAAAAAAACUGGAGAGCUAUGAAACACAUUUCAACGAGAAAAUGCUAAGCCUUCUGACAGAUCUAUCAGACAAGCUAGCUAAGCCAGCAUCUAUUCCUCUAUCCGAUCUAAAAGAAGAGAUAGAAAAAAAAGACUUAAACGAGCUAGCAGUGCUCCCCAGAGAAACCAGCCAGUCUGCGCUGAACGAAAAAAUAGCUCCUUGGUCAGAGCUGGCUAAAUAUGGAGGAGUAGGAAUGGUCUCUGGUAUCUUCAUGGGCGUAUUUCUCAUGUAUAGUGUGUGCAACAUCAGUAUGCCAUACUAG